AUGUUGAAGCGGAUUUCUGAUACAUGCUUUGAAGUGUCAGCUCAUCUUGCUGUUGAUGAUUUAUGGAAAUCAUUUGUUCACGAGUUGGGAGGUCUGUUAUGUGCUUCAUUGAAUUUUGUUGAUACAUCUACGAGUUCAAGCUCACCAAAAUAUUCGUUUCGUCCACAAUCGACCGUAACUUCACAGUCACAAGAAUUUAACAAUUCUAAUCUACGUUAUGCCGUGUUGCCUAGAGAAAUUGUUUGUACGGAAAAUUUAACACCAUGGAAAAAAUUUCUACCGUGCAAUACAAUGAAAGGUCUCAGCAGUCUGCUUGUCAAUUCACCAAAAUUAUAUGACAUUAAUUAUCAUUCAUUACGAAUGGAUUUCAGACAAAUAUGUGCAGAUAGUAAUUGUUUGUCAAGUCGGCUCGAAUUAUCUCUUGGCCUAGGUGUUGUUGUUGAUACGUUUGCUAAACCAGGACAAAAUGAAUGGAGUUUACGAUCAAUAUUUGGACAAAAUAUGAAUGGUGCUUGUCCAUUAAGUGAUAUCACCAAUGUUUAUAUCGAUCUAGAGUUAUCAAAGUUGUAUCAUAUGACAUUAAGUCCGUUAGCUGAUUAUACAAUCGAAUCAAAUGGUCGCACAUUAGUUGUUUAUGAUGUGAAUAAUAUGAAGCAAACAAGUCAUGGAACAUUUUCAUUGUCAUGUAAACACGACAGACCAAGUACAGAUUAUUGGCUGCUAGCGGAGAAUAAUAAAGAGAACAAUACUUUACCAUAUUUAUAUGUACAUCGUUAUACGACAGGAUACGGUGCUCGUAAUGGUGGUAUCAAAACUCAAAUUUAUAAUACACCUGAUACUACAACUACUCUAUUGUAUUUUGAACAAAUUCCUUGGUAUUUUAGAGUAUUUUUACAUACACUCAAGAUCAUUAUGGAGAAUGGUACUAAUAUUAAACCAGAUCGUUUAUCGUACAUACCAGGCAAAGAUCGUGAACGACCAUAUCAAAUUGAAAUGUUUAUAACAAUUCCUGCCGAUGUGCCUUCAGUUGAAAUAAGUUUUGAAUAUGAAAUGACAUUUUUAAAAUGGAACGAAUUUCCUCCCGAUCCAAAUCAUGGUUUUUACAUACCAGCAGCUGUCAUUUCAACGAUACUACCAAAAUUAGACAAACAACAACCAAUCCUAAGACAAUUACAAUCAUUUUCACUUAAUGAAAGUUUGUUACUAUCGAGUAAUACUGAAUCAUUUUCUUCAUCGUUAUUUGUUCGUAUAUAUUCAGAAAGUUUAUUAGUUAACUUACCUACUCCUGAUUUUAGUAUGCCAUUUAAUGUUAUUUGUUUGGGCUGUACAGCUGUUGCUCUAGCAUUCGGUGGAUUUCAUAAUCUAACAACAAAACAAUUUUCAUACGUUGAGAAAAAAGAGAAGAAAAACUUUCGACAAUAUUUGCAAUUACUAUGGGCAAAAUUUUUAGCAUUUAAACAAUAUCUAAAUGCGAAAACAAAUAGAAAUGCCCUUCGUCAAGAUCUGCAUAGACAACAUCAACAUGUCGAAUAA